GCCGGCCAGCGGUAUAAACAGAAUCAGCUGUUCGGCUAGGGACUGAUUUUAUGUAAUUGAAAUGGCCACGAAAUUGGAAAAUGCUGACUCAAAAUCGAGUAGUUUAAAGAACACACUAGAUGACGCGUGGGCAAUUCGGCCCUGUCACUUGUACAAAGAGGAGUACGAUGACUGCACGAGCUUCAAGGCCCGCUUUCAUCAGUACUUCAUAUUCGGCCAGGAUACUGACUGCUCUCAGUGGCUGACUGAUUACCAAAACUGUGAGCGCUAUCAGCAGUCCAAUGGCAACGAUGUGGCGGCCGGAGAGGCGGUGGUCAAGAGCGAGGAGGAACGCCGUCGGGUUCGCUUGCGCGCCCACUUUGCCAACGACACAUGGCAAAAACGGAAGCAGCCUCCGCAGGAUUGGGCCGCUCCACUGCCUGACUGGAUGGAGAAGCGCAACGAAAACACCUAUCUGGAGCUGAAGCAGAGGGAGCUCUCCGGCCAGGAGGUGCCGAAGGGGGAAGAACGCUCAAUGUGUGCGAUUAUGUGAAAUAUAUAAGUAGCUAAGGAAACAAAGACUAUUAUUUAAGGA